UUGGCAGCACAACUGUUGAUAUUAUCCAACAUUGAUCAUUCUAAUAAUAAAUCCACAUAUUAGAAUGAUUUCUGAAGGAUCGUGUGACACUUAAGACUGGAGUAACAGCUGAUAAAAAUUCAGCUUUUCAUCACAGGAAUAAAUUCUAUUUUAAAGUAUGUUAAAAUAAAAAACAUUAUUUUAUAUUGUAAAAACAUUUUGCAAUAUUACUGUUUUUUUUUUUCUAUAUUUUUAAUCAAAUAAAUGCAGCCUUGAUGAGCAUAAGAGACUUCUUUAAAGUUAGACUAUUACAAGUCUUACUGACCCCAAACUUUUGAAUGGUAGUGUAUGUACGGUAGGAAAUUUACUAAAUAUCUUAAUGGAACAUGAUCUUUACUUAACAUUCUAAUGAUUUGGCAUUAAAGAAAAAUCAAUAAUUUUGACUUGUACAACGUAUCGUUGGCUAUUUCUACAAAUAUACCCGUGCUACCUAUGACUGGUUUUGUGGUCCAGGGUCACAUUUGUAGACCAAAAGCAGUUCCCUUAAAUGAACAACUUUGUGCUUUAUCUACCUAUCCAUCCAUCUAGAGAGAAUGUUUCACAUUUAAUUAUUAUUUAUAUACAUUAUACUCAGACACAAUGCUCUGCUUUGAAACGUUAAAGAGUAAAUAUACCACUAUGAUGACAGACAAGGUUAAUUUUGAAGCACGGGAUAUCUCUGAUUAGGUGCUCUCACUUGUUUUCGCUGACCUUGCCAUCUGUAUGAAUUAACAAAAGGCCCUUUCUUCGCUAUUAAAAUAUUUAUCAACCAGUUCAAAACUGUAGUCUUUGGUUUAGAAAUAUUAAAGGGAUAGUUCACCCAAAAAUGAAAAUUCUGUCAUUAAUUACUCACCCUCAUGUCGUUCCAAACCCGUAAGACCUACGUUCAUCUUUAGAACACAAACUAAGAUAUUUUUAAUUAAAUCCGAGACCUUUCUGACCCUGCAUAGACAGCAACGCAACUACCACUUUCAAGGCCCAGAAAGUUAGUAUGGAGAUCGAUUAAUUAGUCCAUGUAACAUCAGUGGUUCAACCUUUAUUUACAAGAAUACUUUUUGUGUGCAAAGAAAACAAAAAUAACGACUUUAUGCAAAAAUGUCUUCUCUUCCCUGUCAGUCUUUCACAAGAGUUUAUGUGUGGGGUUCUACAUCAGAGCGCUGCAUGCAUUGUACUGCCAUUAACGUGGUCGAAGACUGACACGGAAGAGAAUAAAUUGUUGAAUAAAGUCAUUAAUUUUGUUUCUCAUAGCUUCAUAACAUUACAGUUGAACCACUGAUGUCACAUUGACUAUUUUAACAAGGUCCUUACUACCUUUCUGGGUCUUGAAUGACAUGAAUAAUUAAUAACAGAAUUUUCAUUUUUGGCUCUUUAACUUUACUUUAUGCCACAUCGCAACCCUGUAACGUUCUCAUCUGUUAUUAAAAUGAACCAGGGUCACAAACAAAAGCCUAUUGAGGCACCUUUAUAGAAAUGUGAUGCCCCAUUAAUCAAGUGCUCAUUUAAAUUUUCCAUUCAACGUUUUUCUCACUCUUUGUACCAACAAGCUUGUUAAUGGAGCGUCAAUCACGUGGAAGCAGCCAACGAUCCUGCAUAGCGUAGCCACACCCUCUCCAUACACACCACGAGCUGUGUAAACGGAGUAAAUCUAAAACAACGGCUGUUGUUACCAGUCUGCACCUGAGUCAAUAGCAGUAAUCCUAUAUUAUUGUGUAGUGACUCCGCCCAUGAUUUCAGGUUUUCAGAGGUUUUUUUAUAUACUCAUUACAUAUAAUCACAUUACACCCAUGACCUAUAAUCUCUUGUUUUUUAAAGCGUUUCGAUUUAUUUGGCUAUAUGGAAGCCGGUGGUUCCACACGGAUUAUAUUUGAUAGGAAGAUUUAAAGAGAUAGUUCACCAUGAAAAAUGAAAGUUCUGUCAUCAAUUACUCACCAUGUGAUUCAAAAUAUGUAUGACUUUAUUCUUCUGUGGAACAUUAAUAUAUUUUGAGAAUGUCCCAGUGGUUUUUUGUCUAUACAUUGGAAGUCAAUGGCCACCAAAACUGUUUUGGCUCUCAACAUUCUUCAAAAUAUCUUCUUUCAUGUUUCAUAGAAGAAAGUCAUACAGUUAGAAACGACAUGAGGGUGAGUACACGAUGACAGAACUUCAAUUUUUAGACAGUUCUUUAAGAGAAUUGAUGAGUUUACAUGUUAUUUGCUUCACGCUAGUGACCAAUGAUGUCAGUGUCAGUUAGGAAGGGAACCAACAAAUGCUAUGCUAGCGUUCAUGAGAAGCUUCAUUGUUUUAGCAUUUACCAGGGGAUCGGAUAGAAUGUAGGCCUAUGUUAUCAUCAUUAUAAGCAGGGUGAAUGAAGAGAACAAGGCAAAGCUGGUUAUUCUUCUUCCUUCUAGGGUUCCCUUAAUACCCAUCUACCUCUGUGUUUUUCACUACGUCAUCACUACACUGCCACCCAUCUAUCGUUGCUUGAAGCCAUGGCUGCUAACAGGAAUGCUUUGGCCCUUCACAAAGUGAUAAUGGUGGGCAGCGGUGGCGUGGGCAAGUCAGCACUAACACUGCAAUUCAUGUAUGAUGAGUUUGUGGAAGACUAUGAGCCCACCAAAGCUGAUAGCUACAGAAAAAAGGUGGUUUUGGAUGGAGAGGAGGUCCAGAUCGACAUCCUCGACACGGCGGGACAGGAGGACUACGCUGCCAUUCGGGACAACUACUUCCGCAGCGGAGAGGGAUUUCUCUGUGUGUUCUCCAUCACAGAAUCGGAAUCCUUUGCGGCUACUGCUGAUUUCAGAGAACAGAUCCUUCGAGUGAAGGAGGAGGAGAACGUACCUUUCCUGCUGGUGGGAAAUAAGUCAGACUUGGAGGACCGACGGCAAGUCGGGGUGGAGGAGGCCAAGGCCAGAGCAGAUCAGUGGGCGGUCAGCUACGUCGAGACUUCUGCCAAAACCCGUGCCAACGUAGAUAAGGUGUUUUUUGAUCUCAUGCGUGAAAUCAGAGCCAGAAAAAUGGAAGAUGGCAAAGAGAAAAAUGGAAAAAAGAAGAGGAAAAGUUUGGCAAAGAGAAUUCGAGAAAGAUGUUGCAUUUUAUAACGACUGGGUCGCACUAUAACGCUAACAUCUCCUCUCUACCCUUCCACUGCUUCCAAAAAAAUCCAUCAGGUUUCAUCACUCUCCAGGAAAAAAUGCUGGAGAUCAUCUCUUAAAAACACAUCUAGGCUACAGCCUGUGUCUGUUUCUUCUCGUUGUUGUCUCUCAAUGGGUUUAAAAGGGCAGAACAUCAGAUAUGCAUUAAAAUCACAGUGUCAAAGGUCUGACAUAUCAGAUAAGAACAUUUCUCAGCUCAAGCACACCGUAACUGACUACUAUAAUCAUUUUUACCUUCUAACUAGAUUAUGUUCACUUUAGUUGCUUUUAGUUGAAUGUGAGUACACUGAGUGCUAAACACUAACACUGUAGGAAAAACACUACUACUCCAAACUAUUAGUUAGCACAUGGUGUGUUCUGAGGAUUUAAACCUCCUGUUGUUUUACUUCCUAAGGUAAAGCCUUAAUGUUGGAUGUUAAGAUGCAUAAAUGCUUUUAGGUAAUUUUCUUAAAAAACAAACAAAAAAACCAAACAGCUACAGUUGAGGUCAAAAGUUUACAUACACCUUGCAGAAUCUGCAAAAUGUUAAUUAUUUUACCAAAAUGAGAGAGAUCAUACAAAAUGCAUGUUAUUUUUUUAUUUAGUACUGACCUGAAUAAGAUAUUUAACAUAAAAGACAUUUACAUAUAGUCCACAUAAAAAAAAUAAUAGUUCUGUUUAUAAAAAUGACACUGUUAAAGAGUUUAUAUUCAGUGGAUUCUUAAUACUGUGUUGCUACCUGAAUGAUCCACAGCUGUUUUUUUGUUUGGUGAUAGUUGUUCAUGAGUCCCUUGUUUGUCCUAAACCAUUAAACUGCCUGCUGUUCUUCAGAAAAAUCUCUCAGGUCCCACAAAUUUUUCAGCAUUUUUGUGUAUUUGAACCCUUUCCAACAAUGACUAUGGUUUUAAGAUCCAUCUUUUCACACUGAUGGCAACUGAGGGACUCAUAUGCAACUAUUACAGAAGGUUCAAAUGUUUACUGUUGCUUCAGAAAGAAACAAUGCAUCUGGGGGUGAAAACUUUUUGAAUUUUAAAGAUCAGGGUAAAUUUAACUUAUUUUGUCUUCUGUGAAGCUUGCAAGUAUCUUCUGUAGCAGUACUAAAUGAAGAAAUUAUGAUAUUUAGGCAAAAUAAGAAAAAUGUACACAUCUUCAUUCUGUUCAAAAGUUUACACCCCUCUUAAUGCAUAGUUUUUUCCUUGUAGAGUAUCAGUGAGCAUUUGAACCUUCUGCAAUAGUUGCAUAUGAUAUGAGUUGCAUAUAAUAGUUGCCUCAGUUGUCCUCAGUGUGAAAAGAGGGAUCUCAAAAUCAUACAGUCAUUGCUGGAAAGGGUUCAAAUACACAAAAAUGCUGAAAAACCAAAGAAUCUGUGGGACCUGAAGGAUUUUUCUGAAGAACAGUGCUCAGUUUAACUGUUCAGGACAAACAAGGGACUCAUAAACAAUUACCACUAAACAUACAAUCAAACAGUUGUGGAUCUUUCAGGUAACAACACAGUAUUAAGAACCAAGUGUAUGUAAACUUUUGAAAGGUGUAAUUUUUUAUAAAUUCAACUAUUAUUUUCUUUUGUGGACUAUAUAUUAUAUAUCUAUAUAUAUCUUUUUAUGGGAAAUAUCUUAUUCAGGUCAGUACUAAACAGAAAACAACAUGCAUUUUGAAUGAUCCCUCUUAUUUUGGCAAAAUAAUUAACAUUUUGCAGAUUCUGCAACUUUUGAUUUCAACUGUAUUUGCCUAACAUAGACAAUGCUAAAUAUCACCCAAGCAAAUGCACAAAUGAUUAUAUCAAAUAAGCUUAGGAAUCAAUGAAGUUUAUUCUUAAUUGGCUAUUUUACCAAAACCUUUCUUUGAAUUCAAACACGGUGAAGUGUAAAAACUCAUGCAUUUCAGAAACGUUGGCACUGUCCUUUAUUUCAUUUUAAUAUCCUUAAUCUAAUAGUGCACCAAAUUCGUUUCAAAUAUAACCCAAUCGCUCCCUGAAUGCACAUACAUAAAUUAUUUGUAGUCAAAAGGGCUUAUUCACUCAUCCUUGUGUGUGUGGCACCAGAUUUAGAGGUUUGUUUUGUGCUAUCUAGGGGUCCCAAAUAACACAAAGAUUUUGCAAUUUAGAAAUGAGAGGGUCAUCUAGCUUUAGUUGACUUUACUGUGAAAACAGGUUGGAAUGUUUUGUUACACAGACUGAGUUGUGUACUUUAUUAUAACUUAUAUGCAACUUAAUAUUUCUUGCUAAGUUUAUCCUGUGUAAUUAUAUUUUGUAUUGUAAAUGGAAUUUUUCUGAAUUUUAGUUAUUUUAUGGGGAAGAGUGUAUUGUGAAAUCAUACUCAUUCAUACAAAAAACUAAGAAACUCUAAGGGCUGGACACAAUCUGCAUUUCAGCCACCUGCAGAUCUGGAGUAAACACGAAUCGCCACCCUUUGAUGAAUGGUUUUGAAUAAGCACAUCCAUUAUUUUCACAUUUUUUCUUUUGCAGCUAAAACUACUGUUUCUUUUUUAAUGUUAUCUCUGCAACUGUCUUACCCAAAGCUUUAUGUGUGCACUGUGUUUCCCCCUCUGUUUAGUUAGUCAUAGUGGGUUAAUAUCCCUCAACAAGCUCUUGAUUGGUCUGUUUGUGUGGAAAGCGUGCCAUGUGGUGAUGAUGCUGACAUAUCAACAGCUGAUGCCUCAAGAGACCCCUCAUUACUUUUAAAAAGUGACCAUCUUUGAGCGCAAAAAAAAAAAAAAAAGUU